UUUACCGGUCUUCGCCAGCAUCACGUGACGCUUGAGCUGCAACGGAGGGUUGUGUCGGCGGUGUAGACUACAAACGGUCACGACGACGACAGGCGGUGGUACUGAGGACCAUGUCUCGACUAUCAUUGCUUCUUCUUCUGUCGCUCUGCGCCACGUCAUCCUGUACAUGUCCGCCCUCGUGGACUGCGUGGAGAUCCUCCUGCUACGUCUUCAUCAGCCAACGUCUGCAGUGGCUGGAGGCAGCAAGCCUGUGCAUGGUGUUUGGCGGUCAUCUUGCGGAAAUCAACUCGAGAGACGAAAACAUCUUUGUCAGAAACAUGAUCAGUUCCCAUAACGUCUUCUUCUCGUGGCUCGGAAUCAACGACAUCGCCCGGGACGGCCAGUGGGUGCUGUCGUCGUCAGGUCAGCCGCUGACGUACUGGAACUGGGUGGCGGGGGAGCCCAACAACGCCCACGGCGUGACGGAGGCGUGCGGCGGCAUGUACCGAGAUGGACGAUGGAACGACGAUGAGUGCGUGCGGUCUCGAACCUUCACGUCCGUCUGCGAGCGACCCCAAGAAAGCACUGACACCCAGUGAUGCCAGACUCCUGAACACAGACAGUGGUACUCGAGUUGGAUAGUUGAGAUAAAAACCAAUCUCUCUCUACCCUAGAGUGAGGAGGAGUUGGUGUUGAUGCCCAGCCAGCCACUGUAUCAUGGCAAGACAGCCAUUAGUCCUCGAGUAACACUUCUGAAGCAAAAUAAAAUAUUAUUAUUGGCCUA